AUGCUCCCCCAGUAUGAACGUCUCACCGACCCCUCCGACCGGUCCCCCGGCAGUGGGCAGGAACCGUCGUCUGGGCGGAGUGCAAUCCGAGUGCGUUUCGGCAAGCUGGCUGUGAUUACGGUAAUGUUCCCGGUGGUGGGUUUCCUGUUUUGUGUUGUGUGGUCCCUACUGUACAACUUCAUCGAGGCCAAUGCCACCCACUGUAUGGUGUACAACUUCCUACCGUCGCUGUCGGCUGCCAUCGGGAACUAUCAGCCACAACGGUUCGUGUGGCAGGCCUCGGUUCUGGUUCACGCCCUUCCUCGGUAUGCUAUCGCGUUCCUGUAUAAGAAUUUCCACAUCGGGUUGCUGCGUAAACGGCGGAAGGAAUUGGCCUAUUUGGCAUGCAUUCUGAACAUCACUGAGCUUAGCUCACUCGUUGGAUUGACCAUGUGGACGUCGGUGUCGAACUAUGAUGUGCAUAAGUUCUGCUUCAGCACAUUCGUAAUUACGUCGUUGCUCUACAUGAUAAUUCUUAUCAUUAUAAAUCGGGCCACCCGCGAGGGAGAACUGCUGACUGCGUCCGAGCGCAAGUCGGUCAUGUACAAGAAAAGACUGUUCCUAGCAAAUCUAUGUUCCAUAGCAUUGGCUGUUUACUUCUUCGUGAGACACAACUCGUACUGCGAACCGGGAGUUUAUUCCUUAUUCGCGUUGAGCGAGUACGUGUUCGUCUACAGUAACAUUGGCUUCCACAUGACGGCCUAUUGGGACUUUAUCAACGCCAAUCUGUUCUUUGAUUGGAGAAAUGGAAUCCACUUUUCGUCGGUCUGAGAGCGGUCGCGGAGCGCACUUUCAAAACAGAAGCACGAUACUUAUCCACUUUUUAUAUGGGUAUUGAGGGGGUUUUCCACUGCCUCGGCAUGAAGCUCCGUUCGUUUUAGUCAGUAAGUAUUAUGAAUACGACUCUUUACAGGCCGGAAAGUUAGCUACUACAUAUUGAGCUUGUGUUUAACGAAAACACGGAAGAAAUUCUAAACUGUGAGUAUAUCGGAUCGCUGCGAUCUUGCAAUUUUGUGUUGAUGUUUGAGUCGCCUUAGAUUUUUCGCUGCGAGUUUUUAACCAAGAUUUAUAUAUAAAAAAAUAUUUUU